GCUAAGCACAGAUUGGAAGCGAUUAAUUGCUUCCAACCCGAUCCCGACGGCGGAGGCCGGCGCACCCCCGGAAACCCAACCCCUCCUUCGCUAUAAAUACCUGCCCAUCUCGCGUCCCUCUCCACACCUGCUCCUCCUCACUCUCCAGUCAAAUCUUUCUACUCGGCUGCGCUAACCUAGGGUUUAGUCCGGCGGCCAGCAGCUAGCCAUGGAGGGGGAGAGCCACGCCGCCGCCAACGCCUUCAACGGCGCCCCGACCCGCCGCUCGGGGGAGGACGUCAUCGUCCUGUCCUCGGCGACGACGAGGCCGCCGCGGUCGGUGGAGGCGGUGGUGCUGGUGGACGCGGAGGGGGAGGGGCAGGGGCAGGGACCGCGCAUGGAGAUGGAGGCGCCGCCGGAGAAGCUGUACUUCAAGACCAGGCUCUGCGACAAGUACGAGGACACCGGCCGCUGCAUGUACGAGGACGGUUGCACCUUCGCGCACGGCCGCGCCGAGCUUCGUCCGCCGGUCCCCCCUGUCGGCGGCUUCGCCGUCGCCGGCGGCGGCAGGGUUGUCAACGGCGGCGGCAAGGUGUGCUUCAACUUCAGGGACACGGGCACCUGCCAUUUCGGGGACAGGUGCGCCUUCCCCCACGCUGCACCAUCAGGUCACGCGAUUCGCCUCACCGGGGACCAGAAGGUGCUGACAUCCCCAGGGCCACGCUACGCCGCCCCGGGCACCGCCAGGGCGUACCCGUACCCGCCGGUGAUUCCCCUGGCCGCGUGUGAUCGUCCUGCCCAGAUGACUGAGGAGAACGGGGCCAAAAAGCCCAACAGGCUGAUGCUCAUGAGCCAAGGGAAGAUCGGCGGCAUCUACGGCGACUGGCCGGAGCAGAAGGAGCAGGAGAAGUGAGACCGAUCGAUCAGCCGUCCACCCACCAUGGUCGCAUACCCAUAUAGUAGAUGAUUGACAUUGCUGAUAACAAAACAAAAAGGGGACAGGUUGAUCUUGUCUGAAAGUGAAUAAAUUUACCAUGGUGGUAUUUAUCUUUUUUUUAGUAGCAUGGUGGUAUUUAUCUGUGUUGUGUAAUUCCAACUGUUGUAGUGCAUGCAAAUCCUAUGUACUGUAAUUCGUAUGAAUAAACCAGCGUCGUUGUUUGUUUA